AGAAGUAGACCUUGUCCCUUAGCUUAGGACUGUGGCAGCUCCCAGGGCUGGAGGAGAAGGCAGAGCACUAAAAAUAGAAAGUGAAAGCAACUUUCUGCAGACAGUUAGGUGUUGUUGCUCUGAUCUGGCAGUUGCUGUCGCAAACUUUCAAGGGUUAGGAAGGAGCGAGGAGCAAGAAAGAGAAAAACUGGAGAAGAACGUUCGCCGGGGGUCUUCAGCUGCAGCUGACUCAUCGGGAACACGCGAGAGAAGGAUCGUCAGAUAUCUGUAUGAAAAGCCGGCAGGAUGAUUUCUGGAUCCUCUUUGGUUUUAUUUCUUUUCCUCGUGCCAAUGGGUGUUCUCAGCGAUGAAAUAACGAAGGAAUGUGGAGAAAAUCUAGAAAUCCCCGCAGGCGGGAUAACUUCGAGGACUGCAGGGCUGAAAGCAUACGAUGGGACGGUAUGGAGCGUAUUACUGUCCAUCAAUGAGACUCACGGGUCGCCCUGCACAGAGAAUGAAAAGUAUUGCAUUCAGUUUGCAGAAGGCGGAACACAGAUGACCCUGACUGUGCGCAGCGUCACCUUCGAGGAUCAGGGGAAAUACACCCUUUACCAUACAUCUACCUUUCUUAUCUCUCAAAUUUUUUAUAUAAGAGUGACAGGGGCGUGUGAGCCGAAUCUCUCAGCAAGUACAGAUAACCUGACCUGUGAAGUGGAUGUGGAAAGCGCUCACAAGGCAGAAAUUGUCUGGAUGGACAAGCACAGAAAAAUCUAUCAAAAAGAAACAUUUACAGAAAAAGUGGCAGAAAAAUUUACAAAGUUGCAAGACACCUUUAAGCUGACGGAUGAGAGCAAGAAAGUGGAAAUGUGUUGCACCGUAUUUUAUAAAAAAGGGGGCAAAAAGGAGGAGAAACAGAAUUGCCAAAUCCGGCCCAGUCAUGUUGGAGCUGGCGAGGUGAUGGAUACAAAUAACAAAAGAAUCAUCAUCAUUCCAAUUCUCUGUGUGCUGGUCCUUGCAAUUGUUGUUGCUCUGUUUAUAUUACUGAGUCGCCGAAUGUCCUUCACUCAGAAAAACAGAGAGCGCACCUUGUCUGAAACAGGUCUUAUGGAAGACCAUCGAGUAGAGAACAUGGAGGGUUCGCCAUCAGAACCACUUCAAAGGCCCCAAGACCAAGUCUGAAGAGCGACAGCCUGAUUUUUCUGCAGGAAAGGACACUUGUCCAGUCUGAAUGCCUGGUCUAGGGUGUUGGCACAACCCAAUGGGACCUGUAUAAAAUGGCAAAUGGCCGGUUGCAAAGUGUAGCGACCAAUCAGGUGUAUUUCACUGCAGUCAUGUUGGGGUUAAUUGAUUUGGUUAUUUGUAUACUUUGUUGAUAUUCACUGCACUUUUUUGAGUGUACUUUUUUUUCACGAGCCAACACAUGUACAGCACUAGCCAUUCAAAGCGUCCAUGUAAGGGAAGACUGCUAUUGCCGAGCUCUCCAUCAUAAAUUGGUAAAUGCCCGGCUGACCGUCAUGCUGUGGCUUUAAAAAUGCUUCUUCUG